GAGGGGGGCGCUGACCCGGAUGUUCACUCUUGGGCACCCGGGGAAGUGGAAGCGCAGGGCCCUGCUGCGGGGGGGAGAGCCACAGACGCCGGGACAGGGACCGUCGCCGCCGCCGCCACCAUGAGCGAUCAGCAGCUGGACUGCGCCUUGGACCUGAUGAGGCGCCUGCCUCCACAGCAGAUUGAGAAAAACCUCAGUGAUCUGAUCGACCUGGUCCCCAGUCUGUGUGAAGAUCUCCUGUCUUCUGUUGACCAGCCCCUGAAAAUUGCCAGAGACAAGGUGGUGGGCAAGGAUUACCUUUUGUGUGACUACAACAGAGAUGGGGACUCCUAUAGGUCACCGUGGAGUAACAAGUAUGACCCUCCUUUGGAAGAUGGGGCCAUGCCAUCUGCUCGGCUCAGAAAGCUGGAGGUAGAGGCCAACAAUGCCUUCGACCAAUACCGAGACCUGUAUUUUGAAGGUGGGGUCUCAUCAGUCUACCUCUGGGAUCUUGAUCAUGGCUUUGCUGGAGUGAUCCUCAUAAAGAAGGCUGGAGAUGGAUCCAAGAAGAUCAAAGGCUGCUGGGAUUCCAUCCACGUGGUGGAAGUGCAGGAGAAGUCCAGUGGCCGUACUGCCCAUUACAAGUUGACCUCCACGGUGAUGCUAUGGCUGCAAACCAACAAAUCCGGCUCGGGCACCAUGAACCUGGGAGGCAGCCUAACCAGACAGAUGGAGAAAGACGAGGCUGUGAGUGACUGUUCCCCACACAUAGCCAACAUCGGGCGCCUGGUGGAGGACAUGGAAAACAAAAUCCGAAGCACGCUAAAUGAGAUCUACUUUGGAAAAACAAAGGACAUCGUCAACGGGCUGAGAUCUCUUGAUGCUAUCCCCGACAACCACAAGUUUAAGCAGUUGCAGAGGGAACUUUCUCAAGUGCUGACCCAGCGCCAGGUCUACAUCCAGCCUGAUAAUUGAGCCGACCCAGGUCUGUGCAGACGUUUGCAGACAAAUCAAAGCAAGAAGCGCUUAAGAACGACCUGGUGGAGGCCUUGAAGAGAAAGCAGCAGUGUUGAAGACCUCUGCUUCACGCUAACCGGACACGCCAUGCACUCGUUAGGUUCCUUUCUUUAGAAAACUCGUUUUCUGCUCCCUUUCCCUCUUCCUUUCCCGCCCUGACAGGUCACAUAACAGUUUGCAUCGACCACGCAGCGCCAUCUCUCCCCCAAAAUAAAGUCCGAUAACCACCCUCCUCUGGCUCCAAGGCCUGCUUCCCACGA